GCCCCGCCUGCUCAUCUAGCGCAGCUUUCGGCACAGGCUGACUCGGGCAAGUCCCGCUUCGCUUCGACCACCUGACCCUGCUCAUGAGCUAGGGCCGAAAGGUGGACGGCGGCAAGGUGAACAUUUAUCUCCCCAUGCAAAUCGGAGUACAAUGUCCUUUAUCCACUGUAUCACCUAACAGGUGUAUAGCUUGCUGUCUUAGAACUGUAAAAGCAGUACAACUUAAUCAUUUUUAAGCAUAUUCCCAAAGGACUUAGGAAACUAUUCGCAAUAUUUAAAGAACAGAAAGAACAUUCAAAAAGGAAUACUCUCCAACGUGUUCAGUGUAAUAAACUAUUUCACUAUGGAUCCACAACUAACAGUGGUACAUCAUAAGGAGUUUGCAAACCAGAAUGAAGAAUGUGCUGCUGGGUUUAAUAGUGAAGAAAAAUUAGAAAUUGAAACGUUAAAUUACAAUUCCAGAAAUUUAACUUGUGUGCAUUGUGAUUUCACAUAUACUGAUCAUGAAAUUUUGGAAAAGCACCUUAGUUCAAUUCAUCCUGAAUUCUCUGAUUUAACAAAUAUUGUGAUUUAUCAGAAAACUGCCAAAUUGUUCCAUUGUCAGUUGUGUUUCUUCACAAACAAAGUGUAUAGUGAUGUUUACAAUCAUGUUGCAAAGCAGCACCCAAAGUUGAGCAAAAGUGAAAUAGCUUCCCAGAUAAAAGAGCCAAGUGAAGGAACAGGCCGUGAAACAAACAAACAGCCACGAGCCACAAAGAGAAAACCAAAAGAAUCCAAAGUGAUUGAAAAAGGUAAGUCUACAAAAAGGAGAAGAAGAGGACGAAGAAAACGUACAGAAACAACUGUGAGCACCAUUGAAUUAAAUCCUCCAAAGCCACCGGAGACAGGCUUGAGUGCAGUUGAAGGACAGCCUGUUAAGAGAAAACCUGGAAGACCAAAGCGUAAAGUAGAAGAAACAAAAACUGAUUUAAACUGUUCAAAAUGUGGAAUUCGGUUUGGCAGUCUUAAUGAACUAAAUGUCCAUAAUUGUCAGAAGAAAAAGAUGAAAGAUUCUAACACUCCACCAUUUGAUUUUGAGCAUUCCGAAUACAGUGGUCGAUACUCAACUCAGUACGGAUCCACCCGUAAAUCUGCAGUUUCAAAUAUCAAUUCUAAAGAGCCAGCAGGUUUGAAUAAAUCUGAGAAGUCAGCAGUUUUGAGUAAUCCUGAGAAACUGACCAUUUCAAAUAAUCCUGCAGAUAAUGCCGUUCCAAAUAACCUCAAUGAAUUGACAAAUUCAACUAAUGCCAAAAACCUGACAACUUCACAAGAUUCAGCAGAGACAUCUGAAGAAAAAAAUUAUGUGAAAAGUUUACAUGAAAAUGUUAAGUAUGUCAGAGGAACCUUUUUCUGUAAUUCUUGUAAAUUCCAUUGUAAAAGCAAAAGUAGUGCCCUGUAUCAUGUUGUAAGAGUACAUGACAAGCCUUAUCCAUAUAAAUGUGGUGAAUGUGGAAGAUGCUUUGUUAUGGACAAGGAGCUUCAAAGGCAUAUGUCAGUUCAUACUGGAGAAGCUUACUACAAAUGUUCUAAAUGUGAUUUUGAAUCCGAUUAUGCCAGAGCAUUUAAGAAUCAUGAAAAGCAGUGUACUGCUCAACAGAGAGAAGAUAAUUAUUCAGAAAACACUGAUGCUAAGAAACAACAGAGUACAGUACAAGACGUAAAGUCAAUCAGUUCAGAACCGCCUUCAAUCGAGCCUCUCAGUUUUGGUAAGGAAGAACUACAACCACAGGAAAAGUCUGUGUCAAAAGUGGAAUCUUCAGAAACUGUUUUAUCAGCAGAAGGUAAAUGUGUAGAGCUGAGUGCUGACCAGAUUCAGGGCUCAAAUUUGCAAUGUUUGAAAACAGAAGAGCCUACGGUAGCUCCUCAACAAGAUACUGCAUCUUUAAAAGAGAUCAUAUCUUGUCUUGAAUGUGGAAAAACAUUCGAAGAACAGGACAUGUACCAAAAGCACAAAGUUCUGCAUGCAGUACAAAAGCCACUAAUUUCUGAGUUCACUCGUGAUGGAUCAGUAUCAAGUGAUGUGGAAAAAAAUACGGAAAGAAAAACUUUCAGUUGCAUUCCUUGCAAUAUCAAGUAUCAAAGUGAAGAGGAUUUACAGCACCAUCUGAAUAUUCAUAAACCAAAUACUGAAGGCAAAAACUUUAACUGUGAGAUCUGUAGUGCCAGAUUUGAAAAACAAAUUGAUUUGCGUGAUCAUCUAAAAAUACACAAACAAAAUAUUUCAAAGACUAAUCAAGCUAAUAUGGCUGAUAACCGAACACUUUAUAAAUGUCAUUACUGCCCUUACAGCACUUACCUCUUUGUAAAUUACAUUGGACAUGUCAAGAUAGCGCAUUCAAAUGAAUUUCCUAUCCAUUGCACAUCCUGCGGAGAUGGAUUUCAGCUUCCAGGUGAACUAAGAAAACAUAAAUGUCAGCAGAGUCAAAGUGGCAGUGUAAUAUCUAAUCAGGGAGAUGAAUAAAGUUUUUAAUAUAAAAAUGUUAAAAUGGAGUGGUAUUCUAAUUCCCAGUACGAAUAUUCCUUUUGUGCGUAAAUAAUUUUAAAUACAUAUUUUCAAUUUGAAGAAGGUGAUCUGGAUAAGGGACACAUGGUGAAGCGUGGUUCAAUUCUGGAUAUCAGUAUUGUUUAAAGUCUUAGUGUUGUGAGGCUCUGUCAUAAAUAAACCUUACAUGAUUUUAAAAUGUGGUCAUUUACUAGUGCCCUUCAUUUCUUGUGUACGCCUUUAAUAUUGGGAUGUACCGUAUUUCUGGCUGAUUACUGAGGGAAUAUGUAACCUACAAGUAUUUAAUAGCAUUUUUCAUCUCUGACUGGACUUUUGCACAUAGAAGUAAUGGAAGAACAAUGUACCCUUGGUUAUAAGCGAUGCAUUGCUGGACUGAAGAAUUCUUAGUCUGAGCAAUGCAUCUUAGCAAUUGCAUUAACUACUUCUUUCAACUCAUGAAAAUUUAGUUAGCAUUUUUAUUGAUUGCUGAGACGUCAUUUCAGUGCUUACUUAAGCCUAGUGGCAAAUUACAAAUUUCCUAUUCUUGUGUUCUCUGUGCAGUUGAUUAGUAAUUCUGUUUAACUAGAUAGAUAAACUUGGAAUAUCAUGCUUUUUUUGUUGUAGAGACAAAACCUAGAAAAAAACUUCUUUUCAUAUUAUUAGGAAAAGGAAAUGUAAUAUUUUGUUUCUGCUGUAUCCUAACAUGCUGUACAAUGUGUGACUGUUAAAAUACUUUAAUUAAAUUAGCUUAAAAUUCCUUCUGGCUUUAGCAGGUUGUUCGUAAGCCUGUAACUACCAAGUGAGUUUGUCAAUGGAAUUUCCGUUUCCACUAGUAACAUAGGUAUUUGCUUAUUGUACAGAUUUUUAAUUUUGUGUUGAUGUCUGUUAGCUCACUAUUGUAAUUAGUGAAGGGUUAUAUUAGGUUAACUUUGUUUUUAACAACAAAUUAUAGUUUAAAUUUUUGUGUAUACUAACAGUAUUAGCCAUCUACUAAUGAGAAUUUGGUGCUGAAUAUUUCUGAGAUUAUUUCAGUGUAUUAUUGGCUUUUUGUUAGCUUUGUCCAUUCAACUAUCAAUAUGUCUUGCAGUACUUUUUGUAAGUAAAUGGGUAACCUUUAACAUCAAAAAUCCAGAUGAUUAAUGUUUUGAUAAUCUGUUUUGUUAAUGUAAUAAAAUAUUAAACAUUGUA